UUUUUCUUUCCAAUUUUAGAAAAAGAAAAUAAAAAAACAAUUAACCACAUGUAUUUUAUUUUUUAAAGAGAGACAAAAACUAAUAACGGUAACCAAACAUUUAUGAUUUUUCUUUUGUAAAAACUGAAAACAAAAAAUCGAUUUUUAAAAAUUAAAAACCAAAUUAUGAAAAUUCAAAUUUUGUAAAGAUGAAUAAGCGGGCUUAUAAAAAAAAGACGCUAUAAAUAUUAUCUGACUGAGCCAAAAUAGUUAAUAAACAGGACCUUAGUUUUAUAAUUUUUAUUUUCGAAAAUUAAAUUUAUAAACAUCACUUCUAUUUAUUUAUUUCUAUGUUUUUUUUUUCUUUAUGUAUACAUUAUAUUUUAGAAGUGUUUGCUUAAUGUUUAUUUCUUUAUUUGCCUAAUGUUUAUUUCUUUAUUUAGUACAAUAGAUAAAGUUGGGGAUUUGAACGUCUUUCUUAGAAGAAGAUGGUAUAUGUUGCAUAAUGUUUUUUUCUUUAUUUGCCUAAUGUUUAUUUCUUUAUCUAGUACAAAAGAUAAAGUUCGAGAUUUGAUUGUCCUUUCUAGAAGAAAAUGGUAUGUGUUAAUUAUUGUGGAACUAUACUCUCUUUGACAUGUAGUUAAUAUACACUUGAAUUAUUUUUUUAAAAAAAAUUAUAAUUUCUCAUUAAAUUUUCAAUUUUUAUCAAAAUAAUACUUGGUUGUAUCCCAUGAUAUGUUAAUCUUUAUGCAUCUAACUAUCAUCACACACCGAAAAAAGCAAACUAAAAUACUUAAAAAGAAGAUAGAAGAAUCAAAUUAGGAUUAAACAAUUUGAUGAAAUAUAUAAAGAUAAAUUCUAUCACAUAUGCACAAAAUUGUUUUCCUUUCAUCUAUUAACUUAGGUUUUUCAAAAGUGAAAAUAAGCAAACACCGUUUAUUUUUCACAGGCAAUAUCUUAAGAUUAUCUUCAGUUUAGCUUAGACACCUUCAAUUUUUCUUCUGCUUUAUACGGAAGAAUAUUUUUAACCACACUAUGGUUGGUGUGGAGGCGUUUUCAGAAUGCUUCCAAUAGAAUAUGCCAAAGAAAAGGGAGAAAAUCGAGACCGAAUAGAGAACAAGAUAAAUGAGAGGUGUGAAAAAGUUGAGAGAGGGCAAAAACAAAAAUAUAAAUUUUCUUCAAAGUCAUAUUGUCACAUUAUCUCCUUAGUCAAUUUUAUAUUUAGAUUUUAUAGAUUUAUUAAUUGAGUUAAUAGGUUAAAUAACAUAUAAUACAUACUCCCUUAAAGCACCAGCUAACAUAAGAAGUCUAUAUAUAGACUUUGCCAACUUCAUUCAACAUUGUGUCUUGUCAACUUGCUUCAACACUGUGCCCUCUGAUCUCUCCCUAUUAUUCAGAUGAUGAAUAUCAUUUUUAUUUGGGUUCCUCUCCUUUUUCUCUUAACUUCACUACUUCUCAAAACAAAAAAUCUUCUUCACAACAACAAUAACAAGGUUAAUGGUCCUUCUCCAAGCCCUCCAAAGCUUCCUUUGUUGGGUCAUUUACACCUCAUUGGCUCUCACCCUCAUCACUCUUUAUGGAACCUUUCAAGAACUCACGGCCCCAUCAUGCUCCUCAAACUCGGCUCUGUCCCAACCGUCGUCAUCUCUUCCGCAGCAGCCGCAAGAGAGCUGUUCAAACACCACGAUCUUGCUUCUUGCAGCCGCCCUCGCUUAACAGGCAGUGGAAGAUUUUCGUACAACUUCCAAGAUCUGAAUUUAUCCCCAUAUGGUGAGCGUUGGAGGGAGCUUCGAAAGAUUUUCAUGCUCGAGCUCUUCAGCACAAAACGAGUGCAAUCAUUUCAACAUAUUAGAGAAGAGGAGGUGGGUUUCUUCAUAAACUCAAUCUCUCAACAAUCCUCAAAUUCUUCAAAUUAUCCAAUUGAUUUGAGUGAGAGAAGUUAUUCUCUUACUGCAAAUAUAACCUUCAGAAUUUCUUUCGGUAAAAGCUUUAGUGGGGGAGAAUUGGAUAAUGAGAAUUUUCAACAUAUCAUCCGCAGAGCAAUGGUAGCAAUAGGAACCUUCGCGGCUACUGAUUUUUUUCCUGGUGUGGGAUGGAUUAUUGAUCGGUUUAAUGGUGUUCAUGGGACGUUGGAGAAGAGCUUUGCUGAAAUGGAUGCCAUUUUUCAACAGGUAGUCGAUGAUCGCAUCAACUUCAAGGCGACUUCUGGAAAUGAUGAAAAUAUUGUUGAUGUUUUGUUGAGAAUGGAGAGAGACAGCUCCGAACUUGAUGGAGUCAAAUUUACCCUAGAUUGUGUAAAGGCACUUAUCAUGGAUAUAUUUCUAGCUGGAGUGGAAACAGGAGAAACCACCAUAGUUUGGGCGAUGACAGAGCUUAUUAGAAAUCCAAAAGUGAUGAAGAAGCUACAAGAUGAGAUCAGAAGCAACAUCAAAGAAGAUCAAGUGAAGGAGAGCGACCUUGAAAAGCUAAAAUAUCUAAGAAUAGUGAUGAAAGAAGUUCUAAGGCUUCAUCCGCCUGUCCCACUUCUCCUACCAAGAGAAAGCAUGUCUCAUUUUCAGCUCAAUGGUUAUGAUAUUCAUCCCAAAACCCAUAUUCAUGUGAAUGUAUGGGCAAUUGGACGAGACCCAGAAUCUUGGACAAACCCACUAGAGUUUUUUCCAGAGAGAUUUAUGGAAAGCAAUAUUGAUUAUAAAGGACAAAAUUUUGAGUUAAUACCGUUUGGAGCUGGUCGAAGGAUUUGUCCAGGAAUGAAUAUGGCGAUUAUUACUAUGGAGCUCGUGUUAGCAAAUAUGAUAUUGUGCUUUAAUUGGAAAUUGCCAAACGGAAUGAAGGAAGAAGAUGUGGACAUGGAUGAAGGUAUUGGUCUUUCAGCUUCCAAGAAAUUGCCUCUUCGACUUGUUCCAAUCCCUUACUUCAGCUAGGAUUAUUGGUUUAGAAGAUCAUGGCUUUUAAACCCAAGACUUGUUGAUCCCGAUAUUUUGUACGACCAGUCUAUUCAUCGAUCAUCUAUUAUAUGGCGAGAUCGUACUGCUAGAGAAAUAUCUUGCAUGCGUCGAGAGGCAGUUCUCCAGCGCACUAUCCCACUCCACCCUCGAAUACUACCGCUAUGUGCACAUCUGGAUUCUAUGGGGUUGCCAGAUUAGGAUUUUAUUCAGUUGGACUGGCAUCUGAUCACAACCUUGGUCGAUAGAUGGAGGCCCGAGACACAUACAUUCCAUAUGUCUGUUGGAGAGUGCACUAUCAUUCUAUAAGACAUAGAAGUGUUGUUGGGUUU